AUGUGCUACGUAAUUAUUACCGGACGAAGUCUAGCAUGGUUGUUGUUAAGCUUGGUGGCGUUCAUGCUAAUAUUAACCGGUAUUAUGACGCCCAAAUGGCUUUUAGGUCAGCCAGUUGUAUUAAAUGAGAAUAAUACAACAAAAUUUUAUGUGCCUAGUGUGGGCAUAUACAAUAGAUGUAUUCGCAUGAGGCAUGAUCAUUACAACUGUGCACCAUUCUCUCUUUAUGGUUUGGCCACUGAUUCUGCUGUUUACCCUAAACCAUGGAAAGCUGCUUUGUUUUUCUUGUCAUUGUGUGCUGCGAUACAAUUUUCGACAGUAUUAGCCGGCGUUAUGGCCUGUUGUGUCCAAUCUGUGUUUAAGAAGAGUGUCAUUUCUCUGGCUGGAGCUACUCAGGCAUUGGGAGGUCUAUUCGGAGUCCUAGGGCUUCUACUCUAUCCAUGGGGAUGGGGUGCUCCGCGGGUGAAACGCAUGUGCGGAGACUAUUCAGAGCCUUAUCUACCCGGUGAAUGUUCUAUUGGUUGGGCCCUUUUCGUGACAGCAACAGGCGUAGCCCAAGUGUUUAUUGCUAGUGCUUUAUCAAAGCCAGCGGACAAAGCUGCUAACUCGGAUAAGGUACAAUUUCAAAUGGACGAAGGGAAACAAUUGAUAUGCCUCGUU